GAAGUGUGGAAUAGUUCCGCGUUUAAAGCAGAAAGCUAGCUUUAGACAACCUGAAGCAGCUCAGUGUGGGAGCGACUCUAAACGCUGGCACAACAUUUUAAAAUACGCCGACUUUACUCACGGCAAUGUAAAGACUUUAUUCAGAGAAGAAGUGACAGGAGUAGCCGUCAAAAGAAAGCCAGAGGAGCCGAGGCGCAAUGAGCACCAGUUCUGCAUCAGUCCAGAUGGAAGAGGUCAGGGGAAGAGCCCAGACCCUCCUUUCGUCCUCGGGUUCGGCUCAGGAUGUGAAGGCUGACGUCCAGACGAUGGCCUCUGUCGCACUACCUCUGUCAGAGAAGUACCUUCACGUCUCGGCGGAGGACAUGCUGAGGGAGAACUCGGCAGGCCGCAACAAACAGGAGGUCCUGGAGUCAUUGAAUCGACUCGUCAAGGCCUUGAGUAUCCUGGAGAAGUACGGCUGUAACCUGACCUGUCCCACCAGGCCCAGAUACUGGAGGAGCGUGAAGCACAACAACCCUGUUUUCAGGACCACGGUGGAUGCCAUCAAAGGGGGCCGCAGAGUCCUCUAUCUCUAUGGUUACACCAGCCAGCAGGUGGACGGCCUCAGCUUUCCAGAUGAAGUUCAGAAUCCAGAUGUUGAAAGAGUCGCAGCGGUGACGCUGGAGGUCAUGACCCUACGCACAGAAGUGGAUAUGAUAGUAAAGGGUACCCAUCCUCACCUAGAGCACUUCCAAGAUAUUAUUCCAUCUGUCAUCCCACCUGUCAUCUCACAGGCUCAGCUGGUGACGGACUCGGUGAUGAAGCUGCCUGGAGAAGAACAGCAGCAGGGAGACAGACCUCAGGUCCUGCCUCUUCUUGCCAAUCCCGCUCAGGUGCUGAAACCAUCAACAGGUUCUGCUACAGCGAGUGAGUGCAGUUUGUGUGGUGGUGUUGCGUCUCUGUUUUGCUCAUCGUGUGACAAUCCGCAUUUCUGCGAUGCAUGUGAUGACCUCUUCCACCGACAUCCCAACAGAGCCACUCACAAGAGAGACAAACUACAGCAAAACAAACCGAACACCUGCACCAUCUGUGGCAUUGCUGCUGUCCACACUCGAUGCUCCACCUGCCUUCAGAGGCUGUGUCUGAAGUGUGACAAACUCUACCACUCCCACCCUGACCGCAAAGGACACAACAGGACAAUUACCACACCUGCCAAAACAUCCAGCCCGUCUCUGUCCCCGUGGGAGUGCGCUCACUGCACGACAGUGAACGAGAUGCGAGCCGUUCUCUGCACGACCUGCGAACGCCCUCGACUCGCCACGCCGUCGUCCACAGUUCAGGAAAGCGCCGUGUCACUUCCAGCAUCACCAAACGCAGAGUGGCAGUGUAAGAGCUGCACCGUCGUCAAUCAAGGCAGCAGCAUCCUCUGCGAGGUGUGUGAGCGCCCCCGUCUGGCCACUCGCCCUCAGGUCUCCGCGGAGAUGUCCAGCCUCAGAUCUGACUCAAAGUGGACAUGCCAGUUCUGCACGUACGUUAAUAACAAGCCCUCCUCGGUGUGUGAGAUUUGCAGCAUGUCUCCUAAAGACUCCGGUGGGUUUUCUCUGCCGCAGUCUCUCCAACAGACACCGUGCAGCACGAGGGAUCAACCUCAGGUGGGCACAAGGCCGCAGCCGCUGCCCCGAGUCAACCUGGAGCUGAAGAGGCAGAAUACGAUGAAGGAAGACGGGCUCUCUCUCGUCCGUCACAUCAGAGAUGCAGAAAAGCGAGGCAUCAGCCCAGAGGAGGUGUACGCCGCUCUGUGCGUGUGCGGCAGCAGCAACGUUAACCCCUGCGACUGGCUGACCUCAGAGCUGCCUCACCUGCUGGAUGAAAUCUGCGCCAUGGCCGCCUCCGUCCAACUGAACUACAAAAUGGGGAAUUCUGGGAUGCAGCCCAUGGGGGAGAGAGACGCAGAGGACUCAAAGCAGAGCGGUCCGACUUCCACAGAUGGCGGCAUGAAACUGUCCAGAGCUGAGGCCAAGCAGGCAUGGCUGAAAGUAGGAGGGGAUACAGAGAAAGCUGUGAGACAGCUCCUCAGAGACCGAAAAGUCAAGAUGAGGGAGCUUCACUCUCUGGGCUUCCAGGAUGCAGCCCAGUGUGAGGAGGCCCUGCGGCAGAGUGGAGGUGAGGUGAAGGGGGCUUUGUCUCUGCUUCAGCGCCCCCUCCUGGAAGCUUUCCACCAGCGGGUCUGGACGGUACAGCCCGAGCCACCGAUUGAUCCCAAACACCCAGACAAACAGAGGAUGUGCAGGCGCCUGCUAGCGCUGUACGACCUGCCCAGCUGGGGGCGAUGCGAGCUCGUCCUGUCACUGCUCCAAGAACCGGGUGUCACCUACUCCCUGGAGGAUGUGGUGCAAGCCGUGAAGGAGUCACAUGACAGAGACUUCAUCAGGCGUCUCCUCAACAACGAGUGUCCCGUCUGUCUGUGCAUCUUCCCUCGCAGCAAGAUGCAGUCUUUGACGUCCUGUCAGUGCUCAGUGUGCCUCGACUGCUUCAGUCAGCACUUCACCAUCGCCGUAAGAGACAAACACAUUCGAGACAUGGUGUGUCCCGGCUGUGGCGAACCUGACAUUAAUGACCCUGAGAAACUGGACAGCUACUUCUCCACACUGGAUAUACAGCUGAGGGACUGCCUGGAGCCCGAGGUGUACGACUUGUUCCACAAAAAGCUGACUGAGCACGCUCUUAUGAAAGACCCAAAGUUCCUGUGGUGCUGUCAUUGCACAUCUGGGUUUAUCAACGAGGGAGACCAGCUGAAGGUCACCUGCCUGUCUUGCCACAAGAGUUUUUGUGCUCAGUGCAAGAAAGCGUGGGAGCCUCAGCACCAAGACGUGUCCUGUGAGCAGUUCCAGCUGUGGAAGAGGGAGAAUGACCCGGAAUACCAGAAGCAAGGCCUGGCCGGCUAUCUGAGGGACAACGGCAUCACCUGUCCUCACUGCAGGUUCCAGUACGCUCUGACAAAGGGCGGCUGCAUGCACUUCAGCUGCUCCCAGUGCAGGUACCAGUUCUGCAGUGGCUGCAACAACCCCUACCACAAGACUAAAUGUAAGCCUGAGUGCACAUACAAUGGCAUGCACGCUCAUCACCCUCGAGACUGUCUCUUCUAUCUCAGAGACUGGGAGCCGGCCAGACUGCAGGCGCUGCUGCAGAGGAGCGGCGUGGAGUUCAACACGGAUCCCUCUAAUGGAGCUCAGACCGAUGAAUGUGGUGUGAUGGAGCAGAAAGAUGAAGGAGGUCAGCAGGUGGAUUCACCGUGUGGCACCAAAACACAGCCGGGACAAGCUGGACUCUGCAAUAAGCACUACGGGGAGUACCUGGUGAGUCUGAUAAAUGCUCACUCUGUGGACCCAGCUCUGCUCUACGAUCUCAACGAGGUGAUUCGAGCCUGUGAGAGGUACCAGGUGGACAAACAGCGAGGAGAGGGCGAGGAUGACAACGCUUACCAUGCUCGGCUGCUCAAGAAACUGAUGGACGUUCCUCUUGGAGAAAAGGUUCCUCGAAACAAAUGAAGACUUCCGGAUUUUCCUGCCUGCAGGUCCACAGCACUACUGUGUACUACAUGUGUACUACGACAUGAGCUCAACAAAGCCGGGCUUUCUUUGCUUUAUUUGGUUCUCUGUUAAUCGAAGCUUUCUGAUUCGCAUUAAAAGGGGUGUUUGACGAUCGAAUGCCGUCUGCUUCAGUCGGAGGUGGUCAUGGAGAGAGAGAGAGGCUGUUUUAAAGGCAGGUGAAGCCAAAGACGAGUGCUGCAGGAAGCUUUUGUAAAUCCACUUUUGAAUGUUAAUGUUAAUGCGACAGCAGCAGAUCAGUUUAAUGUGAGUGCCACAUUAACCUGAGGCCUGUACUGCGAUACCCAGGCUUAGCUUAGCACAGCAUUAACAAUCAAACUGCCUCUAAAACCUCCAGACUCACCUUUCACCUUCUGGUGAUUCCAUAGCUGCUGUCUCAUCGAGUGUAACCUGCUCCGGAAUAAGUUGGCUCUGAGGAUAAGAAGUAAACCGAGGUUCUAACCUCAAGUUAACUCGAUUAGCCCAAAUCCUGCCUCUGGUAGAAAAGGCCUCUUCUCUGGACCAGGUUGCAUUAAGCAGCAUUAGUUACCAUGGUGAUCUAGCACCUGUGGCUCAUGAGGUCUGGAGAUUUGCUAGAAUAAAAGCGCUAGAGUAGAAAGAGUAGAAAAGCACUAUAUGAGUAGGAGCUUGUUUUAGAGAUCCGCCCUCAUGACUGUGAAAACUGUGGCUUGAAGCCCAGCUAACCGAUCACCCUCUCUUUGCAGUACACCCCUCCAGACUGUUCGAAGAGCGUUUAUAUAUUAAAUAUAUUUGAACUCUAUUUUUUUUUCACAGAUCAUAAAUGACGAAAACAUAUUCUGAAGAAGGAAAUCUUCUGGGUCUAUAAGGAAGCAUUUAUUUGUUUUUCUACUCAUGUUUCGUGCCUUUAAGUCGCAGGGAUGCGAAUCUUAAGAUUUGAAAAGAAAUUGUUGAUGAUGUGGAGCCGGAUCUUUGUGUGAUAAACUCAUUUGUGUAUUUUAAAAAUGUACAUUUAAAAGUCUGUCAGAAUAAAUGUAUGUUUAUUGGCCAGAAUUUGAUCAUUUUCCAUCUUUGAUAUUUCUGUUCUGCUUUAUAAACUUUGGAUCCAUCAGAUUGAAAAUCAUCUCAA